AUGGAAGCGAAUUUCCCUCCCCAUCAAAGCGUGAGAGACACUUGCAGGUCAAGUCCCAGCGGGUGUCUGACCACUCGUGGCAGGUACGUCAAGAGCAUGGUAAACUUCCUCGAGACGCUGACGGACCCAACUAUGACGCAUCUGCUCCUCCGACAUGCUGAGAGGCUGCUGGCCUACAUCCGCCCUUUCCCCAAGAUCGCCAGGAAGCUGCUGAAGCUUUCCCUCCAAGUCUUCGGGAGCGUCGAGAGCAACCGCGUUCAGGCAUUCUUCCUGGUCCGCCGGCUGGCAGUGGAGAUGCCCUACCCCUUCAUCGACGGCUGCUACAAGGGGCUCUACCUCACCUACGUGCGACACUGCAAGUUCACCAACCUCAACGUCAUCGAGGGGCAGGCUUUCAUGGCUCAAUGUGUCGUUGAACUCUUCGGGCUGGACAAGAACAUUGCCUACGAGCAUUCCUUUGUCUACAUCCGCCAGAUGGCCAUCCAGCUCCGCUCAGCUAUCACAACCUCUGCCUCCAAGAACGCUCACAAGGUGAUCUCGAGCUGGCAGUACCUCAACUCCCUCAAGCUCUGGGGGAGGAUGCUCUCUUCCUACCCCGGCAAGGACGCGCUGGGCCCCCUCGUCUAUCCCCUGGUUCAGAUCGCCCUCGGUGUCCUCACCUACCUCAACGCCCCGAAGCAUCUCCCGCUCCGCCUGCAGGUCUGCCAGGUUCUCGUGCGGGUCCAGCGGCACUGCGAGGUUUACAUCCCCCUCUCUCCCCACAUCCUCGACAUCUUCACCAAGCGCGACCUUCACAACACCUCCGUCAAGGCUGGCUCGCACCCCCACGACUUCCAGGUCGGCAUCAAAGUCAGCAAGACGGUCCUGUCCACCCGCCUCUACCAGGAGGCCGCCUUCGAGGAGACGCUCAAGACUCUGGUCCUCUUCUACGGCUCCUGCUGCUACAGCCCGUCCUUCCCCGAGCUCGUCGUUCCCUGCAUCAUGCAGCUCAGGUUGUUCGCCAAGGCAACGCAGGUCUCGAGGUUUCGCCGUCAGGUCAAGGACGUGAUCGAGCGUUUCGAGCGCAACGCCUCCUUCAUCGCGAGGUUGAGAAACUCGUCGAGCAUCUCGCCCCAGGAAGUUCUUCCUAUUAAUGCUCUCCAAUCCGCCGAC